CCAUUGUUCUGGGUGGAAGCAGGCCCUGGGGCACUCAAGGUUUCAACCAUUGAACAGCUCCUCUCUGAGACUGGACUCUAUGGCCUCACACAUGAAGCAUCUUUAUGGUAGCUUUGUUGGUUUCUGAACAGCAGGCUUUCUUUCCUCAGCAGCUGGGGAAAUGUCCACAAAAUGAUCAUCUAAGGUGCCUGCAGUGACAUACACCUGGAAUCAGCUCCAAGUUGUGGAAAUCUUGGGCUUUCCUUCUUCCUUCCAAAAGUUGGACUCACAACCUGAAAGACUAAAUGUCAGAAGACAACAAGGCCUGAAAGGGAACAGAGAAGAGUCGCAUGUGCUUCUCAAAGUCUGAGGAAAUGCAAAGCAGGUCAGUGCUUUGUGGACCAGAGUAGAUCCCUCAUCCUCCAUCACAGAAGGAUGAAUACCUCCAGUUCCUAGAUGGAGCAGGGAGCCAAAAGAUCUAAGAAAGUUAGAGCAGUAACUAGAACUUCCAUGAGUACGAAGGUGGCACUGUGCUUAAGAUUAUCUCGUUGGCCUUUCCAACUUGGGCCUGGCAGAAUGGCUCCCGCAAAGAAGAAGAAGAGCCGUUCUGCCAUCAACGAGGUGGUGACCCGAGAAUACACCAUCAACAUUCACAAGCGCAUCCAUGGAGUGGGCUUCAAGAAGCGUGCUCCUCGGGCACUCAAAAAAAAUCGGAAAUUUGCCAUGAAGGAGAUGGGGACUCCAGAUGUGCGCGUAGACACCAGGCUCAAUAAAGCCGUCUGGGCCAAAGGAAUAAGGAAUGUUCCGUACCGCAUCCGAGUACAUUUGUCCGGAAAUCGUAAUGAGGAUGAGGAUUCACCAAACAAGCUCUACACACGGGUAACUUACGUGCCUGUUACCACAUUCAAAAAUCUACAGACGGUAAUGUGGAUGAGAACUAACUGCUGAAUGUCAAAUAAAGUUACAAACUGCAAAAAAAAAAAAAAAAAAAAAGAUUAUCUCAUUGGCCAGAGGAAAAUAAAUUUUGAUUGGCCCAAUCAAAACAAAUCAGGAAAAAAUAACAAACCCAGUGGAGCCACUGGGGCAUUGUAUAUAACAUUAUGAACGAACUUCUGGAAUCCAUGAUUCAAUACGCCCAUAGCAUAGAAAAAGAAACUGAGGUUCAAAGUGUCAAGUGUUCCAGGACAGAGAAUCAUUAAGUAAGAUAGAACAAGGAACCCAGGUCUAAAUCUUUUUUAAUUUCCCCCAUUUUAAUGAAAGAACACAGCAUGACAGCAACAAAUAAGACUUGGAGACAUACUGCUUGCUUAGAAAAAAGGGCCCCAAAUAAAUAAGAUAUUAUUGUCCCAGGCAUCCAGAGGCUGAGUUGGAACUGCAGACACCAGGUGACAGUUCAGAGAGCUGUGACCCGGAAGAAGUAAUGAGCGAGUCUGUGGCAGAAGCACAGUAUGAGCUAAUGUCAGGUUUCCACAGAGGCCAUGCUCCCCCUCUUCAGAACUUUGAACCACUCUACCGCACGGGCCACCCUCUUUGACAGUCUAUAUAGGGACCAGCCACCAUCCCCUAGUCUAGAACUACAAUCCAAAUCCCACUGCAUGCAUAAAAAACAAAUUUUCAAACAUACACAGACAGGACUCAUGUUUAGUCUGUAUGUCCUGCCAUUAGUCUGUGAGUCCUGCCAACCCCUGUCCGCUGAAUGACAAUGAAAUGAGAAGCAGGCUCCAGGCUAAGCCCAGACAUCAAGCAUGAGUAGUAGUGGCUGCUGACAUCCAUGCUCUACCCAUGUUUAUAACAUUUGUAUCUUCUCUCUAGAGCAGAGUCUUUGUUAGGAUAGCCUUCCCCAUUUGUAAUAUUUCAGUGUGAAAAAUCCAGGUCAUGAUUUCUUAUUUAGGCCAUGUCUGCCAAAGAGCACCACCAGAUGGUAGAAGGGUCAGUGUUGUUCUUAGUGGCUUCGUGACUGAUGUGACCAAUAUGUUUGAGUCGAUGUGAUUUGGUGUUUAAGGAAGGAAGACAGAAGGAUGAAGGGACAACAAAGAAAAGCAAUGAUUGGCCAAACAGCAGUUCCUCUAAAGUGCUAAUAAAUGGCAGUCAGGAAUCAGCCCCAUGGUGGGUCUCCCUGUGCUCUACAUCAUAUGUGAACUGUACAUCUGAGUCACAAGUCGGGGCAAAUGGCUCAGACAAUAAAGGGUUUGCUGUAAAAGUGUGAGAAUUGAAGUUUGAUCCACAAACUCACAUUUUACAAAAAUUGGCUUGAAGCCAGGGUGAGGGGAGGCCCCUCACUCACUCAGAGGAGAAGGGG